UGGGCUCAUGUUUACGAACGACUGGAGAAGCACGAUAGGGAUAUGAUCAAGGGAUACUCAGAGGACAUAGAUAGUUUACUCAUUUUCGCGGGUCUGUUUUCGGCCGUCCUCACCGCGUUCCUGGUCGAAGCAUACACUCAAUUGCAGCCGGACAAUACGCAGAUAUCGGUCCAGCUCCUCGCAGAUAUAUCGAUCCAACUCCGUCAGAUUUCGACGAGCCAGACCGCUCCUGCUUCAGCCGACUCAAAUUCAACAAGAAUACCAUUCCACGCCGAGCCGCACGUGGUCGCUGUUAACAUUCUGUGGUUUCUGAGCCUCAAUCUCUCCCUCGCAUCUGCUCUGCUUGGCAUAUUUAUCAAGCAAUGGCUCCGA